AUGAAUGGAAAGCCUCAAUGCAUGUGUCCGGAUAAUUAUUCCUAUUUUGUGCAGCCUAAUGAUCCAAACAACUUAACAAGUUGUAGGCCGGAUUUUCCGCCUCCCAGCUGUCUGCUCCACGGCUGGGAGACGGAUCCAGCCAAGGUGGAUUUCCAAGAACGGCAGAAUUUGAACUGGCCUUUCUCCGAUUACGAGUUCACGAGCGGUGAUUUCGAUAAGUACACGUGUCGAGAAAGGUGCGGUGGCGAUUGCUUCUGUGCUGCGGCUGUAUACUACGUUGAUAAGAACAACGUGGCAAAUUGUUGGAAGAAGAAGUACCCUUUGAGUAAUGGAAGGUAUAGUACGACAGCCGAAAAUGGAACAAUAGUGUUCCUCAAGUUUCGCAAGGCAGGGUAUGGAAACCAACAUCGAUCUUAUCUAACACUUAUUUUGUCGUUUCUUCUUGGAAGCUCGGUUUUCCUCAACAUUCUGUUGGUGUUGGGAAUUCUUGGAAUUUACAUGUUCUUGCGCAAGAGAAAGAUGUUAGGGCAGCAACUGGUUGCGAGCUUGGCGCCGGAGACGGUUAGAAGCUACACAUACAAAGAGCUUGAGAAGGCGACACGUGGAUUCAAACAGAGAUUGGGUCAAGGUGCUUUUGGAACUGUGUAUAAAGGGGUAUUAGAAUUAGGGUCUAAUACAAAAAGAUAUGUAGCUAUUAAGAAGUUAGAUAAGGUGGUUGAAGAAGGUGAAAAUGAAUUCAAAACAGAGGUGAGUGUGAUAGGCCAAACCCACCACCGGAAUUUGGUUCGCUUGCUUGGUUACUGCGACGAAGGGGAGCAUCGUCUUCUUGUGUACGAGUACAUGAGCAAUGGUUCAUUGGCGAACUUUCUCUUUGGGAUUUCUAGGCCUCAUUGGAAUCAAAGAGUGCAAAUUGGAUUGGGAAUAGCUAAAGGACUCACAUACUUGCACGAAGAGUGUAACACCCAAUUCAUUCAUUGCGAUAUAAAGCCUCAAAACAUUCUUCUGGACGACUUAUUUGCGCCCAGGAUAUCCGAUUUUGGGCUGGCAAAGCUGUUGUUGGCAGAGCAAACUCGCGCCACUAGGACGCACGCGAGAGGGACUAUUGGAUACUUUGCACCUGAAUGGUUUACAAAAGCUUCAAUCACAAGCAAAGUGGAUGUUUAUAGCUUUGGAGUGGUGCUGCUAGAGCUCAUAUGCUGCAAAUCCAGUAUUGUGUUUUCAAUGUCAAAUGAUGAAGAACAAGCUCUUAUAGAUUGGGCAUAUGAUUGUUACAAACAUGGAAAAUUGGUUCAGUUUGUUGAGAAUGAUGAGGAGGCAAAGAAUGAUAUUAGGAGGGUAGAAAAACAUGUUAUGGUAGCAAUUUGGUGCGUUCAAGAUGAUCCUUCACUAAGGCCUUCUAUGAAGAAGGUUGCUCAAAUGCUUGAGGAUGUUAUUGCUGUACCUUUGCCACCUCGACCUUCCAUGUUUUGUUCAUCAUCUGCAACUUCGUUAAGUAGUGUUUCUUUUUGAAUUUGAUUUGUAUUUGUAUAGUAUAGUAUAGUAUAUAUUAUGGACUGCCAUUAAAAUUAUGCUUUGUUCAU